AUGGGCGAGGAUAAGCCGGCGCAGGCGGCCGCGCACGUGGAGCGGGUGCUCUCGCCGGCCGACGACGGGCUGAAGGAGGGCAUCGACGCGGCGAGGGUCGACGAGGAAAUCCAGGCGUAUGCGGCGCGGGGCCGGGUCGAUGUCGACGAGGCCACCAGCCGGCGGCUGCGACGCAUGAUCGACCGCCGCGUGCUGGUGGUGAUGAUCUGCACGUAUUUCCUGCAGGCGCUGGACAAGGGCACCAUGUCGUUUGCCUCGAUCAUGGGCAUCCGCAAGGAUACGGGGCUGCAGGGCCAGGAGUACUCCUGGCUGACCACCUGUAUCUACAUCGCCGUCCUGAUCGUCGAGUACCCCACCAACUGGAUCAUCCAGCGCGUCCGCAUUGCCAAAUACCUGGGGAUCAACAUCAUUCUGUGGGGGACUAUCCUGGCGCUGCACGCCGCGUGCAAGAACUUCGCUGGGCUGGUGGCCGUGCGGACGUUGCUGGGUAUCUUUGAGGCAGCGUGUCAGCCUUCGUUUGUGCUGUUGUCGGGGAUGUGGUAUAAGCGUGAGGAGCAGGCUUCUACUGUGACCUAUUGGUACAUGAUGAACGGCGGCCAACAAAUCGUCGGCGGGUUACUGGCCUACUGCUUCAGCCUAAUCGGCAAACACGGUCCCACGGCCCUGAAAUCAUGGCAAGCACUCUUCCUCACGUACGGCUGCAUCUCAGUGCUCUGGGGCUUCUUCGUGCUGUGGUGGAUGCCCGACAGCCCGAUGAAAGCGAAAUGCUUCAACGAAGAAGACAAGCACCUGAUGGUGGAGCGCGUGCGCGCCAACCAGACCGGGCUGCAGAACAAGACCUUCCGGGCCUACCAGAUGUGGGAGGCCUUCCGCGACCCGCAGAUGUACUGCUACUGCGCCAUCCAGAUCUUCACCACCUUACCGACGAGUGGGCUGGGCGCCUUCGCCAACAUCAUCAUCACGGGGUUUGAUUUCACCGAGCUGCAGACCCAGCUGUUGGCCAUGGUGUUGGGGUUCUAUAUUAUUUUUGUGUUGCUUACCUCGGCGUUUUUGGUGAAGCGGUUUGGCCAGAAUAUUUUGGUGAUGUUGGGGUUCAUUAUUCCAUCCUUCAUCGGCACCAUCGUCCUCAUGACCGUCGAAAAGAAAGGCCUCGACACCAAAAUUGGCCUUCUCAUCAGCUACUACAUCACGCUAUCUUUCUGGUCAGCCCAGAACCUGUGUCUGUCCAUGGUCUCGCGCAAUAUCGCCGGCGCUACCAAGAAGUCGACUGUCGUCGCUGCCACCUUCGUCUCGUGGGCUAUUGGUAAUGCCAUUGGCCCCCAGGUCUUCCUCGACCGCGACGCCCCCCGCUACUUCAUCGCCUUCGGCGUCCACCUCGGCUGCUACUCCGCCAUGACCCUCGCUGUUCUCUUCCUGCGCUUCUACCUCAUCUCCCAAAAUAAGAAGAAGGAGCGUCUCCUGCGCGAGGCUGGGCUGAGUCUCGAUGGGCCGGCCGAGGACGGUACUGAUGACCAUUUGGCGCAUGCGUUUGAGGAUCGUACCGAUCGCGAGAAUUUGCAUUUCCGCUAUAUUUAUUAG